UAUACAAAGUGCUGGAGUGUCAUAUGACAGUGCUGCUAUGGGUGGUCCCAUGAGACAUUUUGGCUGUGGCGAAACUGGCCCUAAGCCAUCAUGGCCUGUAAACAACAACAGCGUCAAGUUGAACUAAACUGGAUCUGAGUGUCGGCCUGUUGUCUGACGCUCGUCUGCUUACAUCGAGUAACGUAAAGUGCUUUUUAACAAUGCGCCGAAGGUGUGUCUGGUGAGUAAUUCACAGCCUGAAAACCGCGACGAGCUAUUUUGUCAACACGGUCUUCUUCAGACUCUGAACCGAAGCUAAUCCUAGCCAGCAGGCUAAAUUAGCUUUAAUCGCAGCUAAGAAGCUAAUCCAAGCUAGCUAGAAAACAUUGCGUUAUUUGUGCGGAUUAACCCGGAGUGGUUCGAUGGCCGCCAAGUUAUCACGCUUCAAACUUCUUGGUGACUAACGUGAUCAGUAUUCUUCAGACAGGACCUGAUCCUCUCUUCUGGGUAGCUUUCUCGCCAUGUCCUCACAGCAACCCAACAGUUCAGCCUCCAACAGUCCCACCAACAUCCUGGGUUCUCCUUUCUCAGUCAUCAGUCCCUCUCUUAACUCCCCAGUGGUCUCUCCCUCUCUGGGCUUUGGACAGAUCUCUUCUUCAGGUCCCAUAUCAGCGAUGCACUCAAUUAGCAGCUCAGAAGAUGUGAAGCCUCCGUUUGGCCUGAGGCCCAUGCCCUCUCACAGCCCAGGAAUAAUGUUGUCUCAGAAGCGCCUGUGUGUCAUCUGUGGAGACCGCUCCUCUGGCAAGCACUAUGGAGUGUACAGCUGUGAGGGUUGCAAAGGUUUCUUCAAACGUACAGUGAGAAAAGACCUGAGUUACACUUGCAGAGACAACAAAGAGUGCCUGGUCGACAAACGUCAGCGCAAUCGCUGCCAGUACUGCCGCUACCAGAAGUGCCUGGCCAUGGGCAUGAAGAGGGAAGUGAUCAAACAUGUAAAGGGGAUAAAAGAAGAUGGAAAAGAUGAGGGACGGAUGACGGUCCAGGAGGAGCGCCAGAGAAACCGUGAGCGCGAAGGAGAGCUGGAGUUCAGUGUAGGAGUGAACGAGGAGAUGCCCGUGGAGAAGAUUUUAGAGGCAGAGACAGCUGUGGAGCAGAAGACUGAGCUUCACUCUGAUGGUGGUUCAGCAGGAAACUCUCCCCACGAUGCAGUGACCAACAUCUGUCAGACUGCAGACAAACAGCUGUUUGCUCUGGUGGAGUGGGCCAAGAGGAUCCCUCAUUUCUCUGAGCUGCCGCUGGACGACCAAGUCAUCCUUCUGCGUGCAGGUUGGAAUGAGCUCCUUAUCGCCUCGUUCUCCCAUCGCUCAAUCGCUCUGAAGGACGGAGUCCUCUUGGCCUCUGAGCUGCAGCGCGACAGUGCACACAGCGCAGGAGUGGGAGCCAUUUUUGACCGGGAGAGUGUGCAGAGUGCGGAGGUGGGCGCCAUAUUUGACAGGGUCCUCACUGAGCUCGUCAAUAAAAUGAGAGAUAUGCAAAUGGACAAAACAGAGCUGGGCUGCCUCAGGGCCAUCGUCCUCUUCAACCCAGAUGCUAAAGGGCUUUCCAACACCAGUGAGGUGGAGCUCCUUAGAGAAAAGGUCUAUGCAUCAUUGGAAGCCUACUGCAAACAGAGAUACCCAGAGCAGCAGGGAAGGUUUGCUAAGCUCCUCCUCCGACUGCCAGCGCUGCGAUCCAUUGGCUUGAAGUGCCUGGAGCAUCUCUUCUUCUUCAAGCUGAUUGGUGACACGCCUAUUGACACUUUCCUCAUGGAAAUGCUUGAAGCUCCCCAUCAGUUGUCUUAGAUAGGAAACGCGUACUGUGGUUAGGUUUAGAUAGCUGAAGUCUGGGAAGCUGGAGUGGGACUGUAGUGGCACUUUAAGUUCUUUGAAGGUUUGUCAGUUUGUCUCACUGCUGUCUGUGUCUCACACUUAGUGCAACACAGAUUUGCUCUUUAGACCAAACCCAAGGCUUGGCAUGAUCUACAAGCUGGUGCUAUAUGUUGAAAUAACUUCAUGAGUAACUAUGGUUUAAAAAGAAGUAUUUUUAAAAAUGUAAACAUUUCCAUUUUCCCUUAAAGGAGCUGUAAUUUGGGUAUCUACUUUUGUAUAAGCUUUUAAGACGCCCCAAACAUCCAGCUUCAGUUGUUUCUCCAGCUGAGCUGAUCCCACAAAACCUGUUUUUUAAAACCAGGCAACCUGAAACAUGGUUCAUGGGUAUGCAUCAAGGACGCAGUCUCCUUUUUACAAUUUCUAAUACAAGCCAGAUCUGAAACUAUAUUAUUGUACCAAACCGCCACCCACCAGGAACUGCGUCCGACAGCAGCUCUGAGUUUACUUGUACCCAUUUCAGAAGAUGAAAUCUUAACAGUGACCUUUAAAUAGAAGACAAGUCAGGGCUUGACCCUUCAGGUCUGACUCGUCUUUGUUGAUUUGAGAUCAGCUUUAUGUGUCCAGUAACAAACAGUUAGUGUUGUUUACUUCUUAGCCAUUUUAUAAAUCUAAUCACUUCGUGGUUAAACGAUUAAACUGCACUGCACACACUUGCUAUGUUCUAUUUCUAAAACGUAACUUUUAAAAACACUUGGCCGGUAAAUAGUCAGGUGUUUGUCUUUUGGUGCUAUUACAGAAAUAAUUUGACAUUAUUGGUGCAGUUGCACACCAAACCACAAACCUAAGAAAAUAUGCAAAACUUAAAAAUCCCUUUGUUAAUCUUUGUUAAAAAAUGUAGCAAUAUAAAAUGUAAACUGCAUUAGAGCUUUCUGCCUGUCAGUCAUUCAGGGGUUUUACAAAGUAAAUCAUGUCUGGUGGAAAGGGAAUACUCCAUUUUGUAAUUUAUCUAUACAAUUCUAAGGUACUGUGCAAAAGUGUUUGUUCAGGGAACUUGUACAUUGAGAAAUUUGAAUAAUGAUCAGGAGAAACAAAUUAUAUAAUUCUUUAUAUGUGCCCUUAUUUUUAAUUUUCAAGUAGGAUAAAGCAGAACAUGUCUUGGGUUGCACUGGAUUUGCUGAGACUGUUUCAGCUGAUUUUUUUUUUGUGCUUUUUUGAUGCUCAGUUGUAUCUUUUCUUCUUUCCCCCGGCCCCCCUCCUUUUUUUUUAGGUAGCUGUCUUGUUCAUCGUAAUGUCUCUGCAGUUUAUUAAAAGCAUACCAUAAUCACACAUAGAUCCAUAACACCUGUGGACGUAUAGGAAUUUUAAACAAGACCAAAUGAGGUCUGUAUGAUGGCCAUGUGUAAACGCCCGUUGAGCUGUAACAGGAAGCUUGUCAUAGACCUCGAUGUGCUCUUGAACAUAAAGUGACUUGAAGCAUGGGUUGUGUGGACUGAAAUAAAGAGGCUUAAGUUUU